AUGCCUCCACCAACUCUCUCUUCCCUCACUCCCUCGACGACCGUCCUCCGCCUCCCCCAUCCCUACCACACCCCUUACGCCGUCACAAAAUCCAACCGCACCCACGGCGGUGACAAGCUGCCUCUCUACCAACUCGGCAUCGCCAGCACGGCUCCGGCAGGCCUUGCCGCCGAGCGCGCCAGCCAUGCGGUCCUUCACAACGACGCCGUCUUCUUCACCGAGCCGACGGACCUCAAGUCGUCUGACCGCCCACACGAGUCCAACAACACGCCCUGGGGCCGCGCCCGCCGCUCCCCGUCGGUGACGGCCCUCUGGGACGCCAAGACGGCCAGCCUCCCGACGCCGGCCCAGCUCUGGCUGCUCGCGUACCUCGUCUUCACCGUCCGCCCGGGCGAGGAGGCCUUCCGCCUGACGCUGGACGACGGCACCGCGACCGCCGAGGGCCCGCGGGCUCUGGGCUCACGGCUCAAGGACCUGAUGCUGGCCGUCGACCACCCGGCCGACGGAGAGAACGGCGCCUCGUCCCCGACGGAGCUGCUGGUGCUGCGCUCGACGUUUUGGCAGGGCGCAGGCUCGCCCUUUGGCCCGCGGCCCGUCUGGGCGCCCGACGAGGCCGGCACCUCGGCCUACCCGCCGGCGGCGCUCGACGGGACGCUCACGGCCAUCCCGGGCACGGCGCUCUGCUGGCACCCGCGGCGGCCGGCCAAGCCGCGGCCCGGCAGCGUCGUCUACAGCCGCUACGUGCCGCACCUGGCCGAGACCUUCAGCAUGGUGGCGCUGGACUGGACCGACGACGCCCACCUGGGCCUCUUCCACACCUGGCAGAACGACCCCAGGGUCAGCCAGGGCUGGAACGAGACGGGCACGCUGGACCAGCACCGCGAGUACCUGAGGAGGCUGCACGAGGACCCGCAUCAGUUUGCGGUACUGGCGGCGUUUGAGGGGGUGUUUUUUGCCUAUUUUGAGAUUUACUGGGCCAAGGAGGACCGCCUGGGAGCCUACUACCAAUCCGGCGACUACGACCGCGGCCGCCACUCGCUGGUGGGCGACGUCCGAUUCCGCGGCCCGCACCGCGUGUCGGCGUGGUGGUCGAGCCUGAUGCACUUUCUGUACCUGGACGAGCCGCGGACCACGGCCGUGGUGGGCGAGCCCAAGUCUGCCAACAGCACCGUGCUGUCCUACGACUUUAUCCACGGCUUCGGCGUGCAAAAGUUUGUCGACCUGCCGCACAAGCGGAGCGGCCUGAUGCACUGCUCCCGCGAGAGGUUCUUCCAGCUGUGUCCGCUCGCCGAGAACGACAAGGUCGUCGGCGGCACGGGCGUGGGGUUGGUGCCCAAGCUGUAG